ACACCGCCUGUCGUCUCUCAGGCGUCGCCAUCUCGUGCAUAGAAUGACGAUCACGGACUGCGACCUCGAGGAACUGACACCGGGAACAUUUGACAACUACAUAAGUCUUCGCGCACUUGUUAUCGAAAGAUGCAGCAAGUUGACGCGAAUCGCCCCCGGAACGUUUUCGCCUCUACUGACGCUUCAGAUACUGAGGAUUCAGCAAUGUCUUGCCUUAAAAAGGAUAGGUCCGGGCGUUCUUCCCUUUUUUCCACUACUUAUGGAGCUAGUCGUCAAGAGAUGUGGGUUGGAAGAGGUGCCGGACUUCAGUUCAUUCAGUUCUGCCGAAAGAACGAGUGACCAUGUGCCACGCAUAGACCUGGAAAGCAACCGUAUUCACGAGAUCAAGUCGCAUGCGUUUAGCGGUAUCAGAAGCAGUGACCUCCGACUAGACUACAACUUGAUACGGCGGGUGAGAAACAGCGCCUUUGAAGGAGCAUCGGUGCAUACGCUCAGCCUGAAACACAACGGCGACCUGGAGGUGUUAGAACCACGUGCCUUUGCCGGAAUCAACCACCUCACGAAUUUACACCUGUCAGGAACUCGGCUGACAACGUUGCCUAUAGAGGGACUCAGCCAGAUCUCCGAGCUCGAACUGGAGAACGUGCCGACCUUAAAGACUUUGCCGGCAGUUGUCAACUUCGAAAGGAUUAAGUCGGCGAAGCUGACGUACCCAUACCACUGCUGCGCCUUUGAGAAUCCGCACAAGGCAAAUCCGCAAGAAUACAAGCGGCAAUUGGAAAAGCUGAUCGAGCAACAGGAGCGUCUGUGUUUCUCGACAACGUCUACGACCACUGCGCCAUCUGUCGUUACAACAGGCGAUUACAAUCGCGCGAAACGAUCCUUCGAUGGAAUUGGCGGUCCAAGAGGCUUUGGAAAUUUCCAUAGCAACGGUACAACUUCACGACCGUGUCGAGAGAGCGGUCAAGAUGGGUUGUGGAGCGGCAGCACCGUCGCGUCUAGGUCCAUCGAUGUCGUCUGUCAGAACAUCAGCGAGCGACCGCGUGUCAACCGCAUCGCUAAGUGCAUCCCAGAGGCAGACGCCUUCAACCCGUGCGAGGACGUGAUGGGUCCCGACUUGCUGCGCGUCACAGUCUGGGUGGUGAGCAUCACCGCGUUGCUAGGCAACCUCACCGUCAUCGUCGUGCUGCUGAGCAGCCGCUUCAAGAUAUCCGUGUCGAAGUUUCUCAUGUGUAACCUCGCGUUCGCCGACUUCUGCAUGGGCCUCUACCUGCUGAUGCUGGCCGCCGUCGACUCGCACACGCUCGGCGAGUACUUCAACCACGCCAUCUUGUGGCAGCUGGAGGGCGGCUGCCAGGUGGCCGGCUUUCUCACCGUCUUCGCAAGCCAGCUGUCGAUUUUCACGCUGACGAUCAUCACGCUCGAGCGCUGGUGCGCCAUCACGUACGCGCUGCACCUCAACAAGCGGCUGAAGAUCGGCCUCGCGCGCAAGGUGAUGGUUGUCGGCUGGGGCUUCUCCGUCGUCAUGGCAGCGCUGCCGCUGGCCGGCGUCAGCGACUACAGCCGCACGAGCAUCUGCCUGCCAAUGAAGGUGUCGUCGUACGUCGACCUCGGCUACGUGCUCGCGCUGCUCGUCAUCACGAUGAUCGCCUUCGCCGUCAUCUGCUACUGCUACCUGAAGAUGUACUGCUCGAUACGCGGUCACGACGGCAACGCCAACAGCGGAGACGCGACAGUCGCCAAGCGCAUGGCGCUGCUUGUGUUCACUGACUUCGCCUGCUGGGCGCCGAUCGCCUUCUUCGGUCUGACGGCGGCAGGCAGUCUGCCUCUGAUCGGCAUCUCCGAGUCGAAGAUUCUGCUCGUGUUCUUCUACCCGUUAAACUCGUGCUGCAAUCCGUUCCUAUACGCGAUCAUGACGCGUCAGUUCCACCGCGACUUCUUCAUUCUGCUGAGCCGCUACGGGCUGUGCCAGCGGCGCGCGCUCAAGUAUAAGAGCGACGCGUACUCGCAGAACGUGCCGUCGCGCUCCAACAACAGCCAGACGAACAUCAACCGUCACGCCUCUAACGGCUCCAUCCUCACCGAGCUGAUCGCGUUGCGCAGCAGCAAGCGCUCCGGCUCGCUCAAGGGCGAGCCGACGGCGGUGCCUCUCGUAGCCAAAAUGUCGUCGGCGUCGACGACCAAACUGAGCAUCGUGCAGGAGCUGGGCAGCGAGAGCAGCGGCAGCUUUCGCCGGUUGCGGCCGCCAGAGGGCGCCGAAGCCGAGCAGCGCCUUGAGCUGAUAUCGAGCGCGGAGGUGACGAAGUCGGACGGAGAACUUGAGUCGAACGAACUGUUGCCCGCGUGCGCCGACACGAGAGAGAUUGCGGCGCAGCAAGCCGGUGUCAACACGCCGAGCGCCAGUCAUCGUAUCCUGCACGAGAAAGUGUGAGAGCGCGCGCGCACCAUCUAAUCGAAGUUUUAACUUGCGUUCGGGCUUCACGAGACGUGGCGUCAGUUCAUUGCAAAUCAAUGAUGGUUCUACGUGUUGGGCUAUCGUAUAGUGUCGGAUAUAUAAGAAUCGAUGAUGGCUCUACGUGUUGGGCUAUCGUAUAGUGUCGGAUAUAUAAGAAUCGAUGAUGGCUCUACGUGUUGGGCAAUCGUAUCGUGUCGGAUAUAUAUAUAUAUAUAAGAAUCAAUGUGCGAAAUAGCCGUUGACAAUCACUCGAUGAACAGCGCAUUGUACAAUAAUUGAUGAUACACUAUAUUCAUAGGUUUAUGGUAAUGCUAUAAUUAGAUGAUACCUGUGCGACUAUUCGCGUUUAUCGAAGCCACCAGAUGUUUUAAUGGUACUUGUGUUUAAAGAACAAUCCAGCCCGCAUUUGAUAAAGGGGUUUAUAAUGGUUUGAACAGAUACAUACACAUACACUACACACGCGCGCGCACUCAGGCAGACACACACACUCUCUCUCUUUAACACA